AUGUCUAAGUUAAGUAAAAUAUUAGAAAAUAAAAAAGAAAUAGGUUUUUGUUCUUGUGUAAUCAAAGUACAAGGUAAAAACGAGAAUGAGAAUAAGAAUAAUAAUAAAAAACAAAAAUCUAAAACAUGGUUGGAUUAUUUUAAUGAUAUUGUAUCAGAAGAUCUAAAAGUUUUAAUUAAAAAUGAGAAUAAUUUAAAAGUAAAUAAAUAUUUAAACUUGGAAAAAAAUAUAGAAUUAUCAAAAUUAAUGACAUACCAAAAUUUGAAUGUUUUACUUGAUAAUCCUUUUGAUUUUAACUUAGAAAAAAUUUUUCAGAAUAAGAAAAAAAAUACUAAUUUAAAAAUUAAAAGAAGUAUCUCUUCGUGUGAAUCUAAAAAAAAAAAAAGUACGACUUCUUUUGAUGAUUUAAUAUGGAAUAACAAGCUAAAAAAAUAUAUCAAUUUAAAUGAUUUACAAUUGCUUCAUAAUGUGCAAAGUGAUUCAAAAAAUAAGAGAAAUAAGUCUUGUUUAAGUUCAUUUAAUCAUAAAGCAAAUUUUGAAAAAGAAUUCUGUGAAAUUCAUAGGCAGCAAAUUCACAUAAAUCAAAAUAGGUUAAAUAGUCUACAAUUAAAGAAGCCUACAAAUGGGAAUAAAAAUCAAAAUGGAGGAAGCAACUCCUUUUUUUUAAUGAAAAAUAAUGCUAAUAAAAAUAAUUUUAUAAAAAAAAAUCAGAUAAACGAAUUCGAUAAUAAUAUAAAUCUAAAUAUAUCUCAAUUAUAUGAUAUAAACGAAAUAGAACAGAAAAUAAAAAAUGAAAUUUUAGCUGAAUCAGAAAAAAUUAAGUAUGUAACAAUUAAGCAAAACCAUAAUAAAUUUUUUUUGAUUCAAGAUGAAAAAAGUGGAAGAAAUAAAAUAGUUGCUAGUCAAAAAAUUGAUAUUGGUGAAGUUAUUUUCAUUGAAAGUCAAUUUUUAGAAACUUCUAUUUUGUUUAAUGAUUUAUGGGAUACAUUCAAUAAUUUAGAUAACGAACAAAAAAGAAACUUAGAUGAAAUUAGUGAAUUUAUGAAUAUUGAAAGAAUAUAUAAAAGAAAAAAUAGUGAAAAUAGCUUAAAGCACAAAUGCGAUAUUCAUAACAAUAAUAAUUUCUAUUUAUAUGAAGAAGGUAUCAAUAAUUUGAAAAAUGAAAACCAUAAUAAAUAUUAUUACAGGAAAAAUGACAUAAUAUACAAAGAACACAAUGAAAAUGUAGUACAAAAUAAUAUUCUAAAUAGUAAUACACAUGAAAAUGAUAAUAUGGAAUUUUUCAAUGAUAAUUUUAUAAAUAAAUUAAUAAAAUUUGAAAUAUUUACUGAUAUACUUAAAAAUUCUUUUAUUUCAUGUAAUAAUAGAACUAAAGUAAUGCUUUUUAAAAAUGCCUCCUUUUUAAAUCAUAACUGUUUCCCAAAUGCGAGUUACUGUUUUAUAGACAAAAAUAAAAUAUGUUUAUUAGCAGUAAAAACAAUCAAUAUGUAUGAUGAAAUAAGAAUUUCAUAUAUAAAUGAAUUAUAUUCUUCAAUUGAAUAUAGAAAAAGUAAAUUAAAAGAUAUGAAAAACAUGAAUUGUUGUUGUAAUCGCUGUUUACAAAUAAUGGAUGAAGAAAGGAAUAUUUUGUGUGCUGUGUGUAAAUAUUCUUAUGUUAGUAAAAAGCUUAACGAACAAUAUAUUAAAAUAAUGGAAGAAGAAAAGGAAAAUUUAACAAAAAGCCGAAAUAUAAGUACAUUUGAGCAUGUAGAAGAAUCUGAAAUGACAAACAAAAAAUUAAAUAACUUCACUUUUAAUAUAAAUAAUGAAUUAAAUAAUUCAAAAUAUUUAAAUAAAAAUUAUUAUAUUAAAAAUAUGAUAGAAAAAAGUGUAAAUGACCAUACUUUAAUGAAUAAAGGUGUAGUUAUUAAUGAACGCAAAGACUCAACUCAUAAUUAUAUAAUUUAUGAAAAUUUAAAUGAUAUUAAUGAAUAUCAUAAAAAGUCAAAUGAUUGUAUUGAAGGAUAUGAGAAUAUAAAUGACAACACGAAUACUAAUGACUAUGAGAGAAUAAAAAACUACAAAUUUACUUCAUCAGAACCUUAUCAUCAUUUAAAUAAAGGAUUAAAUAAAUUACAAGAAUUUCAAAAUUAUAAAAAUAUUGCAGAUAACAAAGUAGAAAGCAAAACUUCUGAUGAAAGAAAUAUAGAAAAUUUUUUAAAUGAUGAUAGUACAGGGAUUUUUUUUUAUUCACAAUUUAAUGAUAAUACAAAUGAAAUGAAGUUUUAUACUAGAAAAAAUAGUGAAGUCAAAGAAGAAAAGAAUUGUCGCAAAAUAUUCAAUUGCUUAAAUUCUACAUUUUCUUCAAAGAAUAAUUUUAAAAAUCCUUUAUAUCCAUCCAUGGAAAAAGAAAAUUCAUAUGACCAAAUAAAAUCAGAAUCAUAUCUAAUAAAUAAAGGAAUAAACGAAAAAUUAGUGGAUAUUUCAGUUUUGGAAAAAAAUGAAAACUUAGAUACUAAUUUAGUUAAUAUAUUAAGCAUAAAUUAUGUAAGAGAAAAAAUAGGGUAUUGCAAGUUUCAUAAUAGUGGAAAGUGGGUGUGUGAUACUUGUAAUGAUACUAUCUCAAAUUACGCUAUGCCGUUAGACAGUGAAAGUUGUUUUAUACAGGAGUAUAAGAUUAUAAAAGAAAAAAUAAAUAGUAAUAAAUUUGAUAUUGAAUCCAUUGUAAAUAACGUAGAAAGAUCGUUAUUAUAUAUAGUAGGAAUUCUAGGAGAGAAACAUUGGUUAUAUGCAUCAUUUAAUUAUAUUAUAGCAGAUUUAUGUUUUUCACUUUAUAAUUUCAAUUCAUUAAAUAAAAAAUAUUUAUUAAAAAGUUUUAAUUCAUUUUAUAAUUUUUUGAAUUUUAUUCAAAUGAAAUGCCCCCAGGCAGUUCAUACUGAUUUGGUUCCCUUAGCUUUAAAAUUUUUAAUUAUUUGCAUAUAUACAAGUAAUUAUAAAAUAUUUUAUAAAUUUGUUAAGUCAGGAUUUUUAGAAUUAAUUAAACAAAAGUAUGGUUCAUGGGACAUCUCUUAUAUAUCUCUGCUUUACUGUUUUAAAAUAUGUUCUGAAAAAAUUAACAACAGUAUUUUAGUAAAUAGAAAAAUUAUUUUAAUGUUAGCUGAGUUUGCUAAAAUAAAUAUGCUAAGAAAUCAUUUUAAUUAG